GUCAGGCGGUGGUUCACGGGUCAGGGAAUAGCUAAAACAGUGAUCGUAGAUGGCUCAAGAACCUCGUCGCGUGUGUUUCGUUCGAGGUUGCCUGCAGAUAGUUGACAAAGCGAAACGAAAUUUGCGGACCAUGAGGUACACCUUUCUUGCAACCCUCAUUGCCUUGGCGACAGGCCUCGCUGUUAGUCAAGCGGAACCGCGAUAUUGUGUCGGAGCAGACAAGAGCGCUCAAGGAGAGGAUGUCCAGGUCUUCGCCGUGUUCGAGAAUGCGACUGUUUCGUUCUCCCACUUCACUGAUCGCGAGCGACCCGAGGGGCAGCAAUCUCGGUCGCCAGUUCUCAAAGAAGCUCAAGAAAAGGCAACUCUCAUUGAUUGUAUCACAGAGUGUCAACGUCUGGCACCUCCCGACGAUCAGCUGAACGCUAACCUACAAGAUCAGUACAACGAGGGUUAUUGUCGAGGAUUGAAGUUCACGGAGGAAAGCGAUGCCAACAAGAAUCGAUGUAUGCUGUACAAGGUGGCUCCAAACAGUGUCCGCACUGCCUCCAAAAAACUCCAGGACAGGUAUUCCUUCAUAGGCGGUGCUACUAUUGGAGCAUGCUCCGACGGAAUGAACAUGAAGAUAACAGAGAAUUAUCAAGGGAGUUGUUGCGAAUUAUGGGUUGACAAGGUUGUUUGAUGUCUUCGCCAGCCGGACGUGUUAUAUCGGCCUCCAGCUAAUGUCAUAUAGCGUGGAAGAAAUUCUAAUACAAUGGCGCUCGACCUCGGAGAUGGAGAUCUUUGCAGGGAAAUCGACGAAUUGUACACUGCAUGUUGGUAGCUAUGUAUUGUGAUCAAUCGGGUGGUGCGCCUGUUCACUGCAGCCCAGUCGCGGACUUUUUUUUUAGAUAGUAUCGCUGCCCGCUACGACAUCUCGAGUCUCUCUGUCAUGAUCGGCAGGGCGAACUGUUCUUUUGCUAGGCUCUCGACCAUGAAAUCCACUCGGCACAUGAUAAUCGACCGGAUGUCUGAAACGCAAAAGAUCAAACAGUUCUCGGCUGGAGGUGCAACAUCGAAACAGCCAAGAACGCCACUUCGGUUGUCCGAACCCGAGAAUCGCUCAAUACAGUAGACAUAAAGUAUUUUCGUCUCGAAUCCUGUAUCACCG